UUCCUACUUCUCCUUCUUCUUCUCGUCUGUGUUUUUUUUUUUCCCUUUCCCCUUUUUUCUCUCUCCUUGUUGUCACUGUUCAAAUUCAAAGUCGUCAUGUCGAUUACUUUGGAUAGGGUUCGGCAGGUUGAUGGUAAACGCUCUGGAUUCUCGCCGGAAGAUUUGGGUUAUGGAUCGGUGUUUCAGAGGUUGGUUACUCAGGAUGUGGAUCGCGCUGUUGAAGGGUUUCAAAAGGAGGAGGAUGCUGAUGAAUCUAAUACUUGCAGCUCCGCUUCCACUUCUUCCUCUUCUUCGAUUGGGAGGAAUAGUGAUCAGUCCGAUGAUGAGGAUAACGGUGAGAAUGAUGAGGUCCAGAGCUCAUAUAAAGGCCCGCUUGAUAUGAUGGAUUCCUUGGAGGAGGUUUUGCCUGUCAGAAAAGGCAUCUCAAAGUUUUAUAGUGGAAAAUCAAAAUCUUUCACGAGUCUGGCCGAUGCCUCCUCUGUUAACUCUAUGAAAGAGAUUGCAAAGCCAGAGAAUGCCUAUUCCAAGAAACGUAGGAAUCUUAUGGCCUACAAUCUUGUGUGGGAGAAGAAUAGGAGUUUUCCUCUCAAGAACAACGGUGGUGGUAUAUCAAAAAGACCAAUCAGCUCAAGCAAAAGCUCCUUGGCUUUGGCUGUUGCUAUGAGCAGCUCCGAAAGUAACAGCAGUGAAGAUUCAAAUUCUAGCUCAUAUUCAAGUUCUCCACCGCCUCGCCCACCUCUACAUCCACAAUCCAGACCAUCUAACAACAAUUUCCCUUCCAUGGUGCCACCUCAAAAAACUUUCUCCACUUGGCGUUCAUAUUCCUUGGCUGAUUUACAAGAGUGCGCCACCUUUGCUAAUAAGGCCAACCUAACCAAUCUGAACUGACCCCAGAAAAGUUCCUUCUCUUGCAUAGGUACGCAAGAGUCUUUUAACUAUAUUCUAGGAACCCUGAAAUAGAAGGUUUUUUCUAGUAUGAUUUUAGGUCUUAUGGUCUUUACUGUACUCUAUGUCUUAAAAUCCAAAAACUUUCAUGUCUCGUUGUUUAUAAUGAAAAAUGGGGAUAUGAAAUUGAGAGGAAAGCUGAGGGUAGCAGAUGUGAGUCAUAUUUGUCAACACCUGUAUGUCUGUAUUGGCCUAAGACAAGCAACCAUCUCAACUACCCAUCCAUACAUAAGCAGCCACCUUGAAGGUUAGUUUGACCAAUGAACCACACAACUUCCAAAUUCUUUUUGGUUCCCACCAAGAUUGCAGACCUGGUUGGUUGAGUAACUUCUGAGAGUGUUCUUAUGCUUAUGAAAACAUACUUCUGCUUCAAUGGAUAGUGUGACCUUCCACAAUCCCAUGUAAUUGACUUUAGAACUUAAGUUGAUUUGUUAACAUUGAUUCCCCAUAUACUGUAUGAGUCACUCCCAGUAACAUUUAAAAGGCUUAUGGGUCCCUGAUAUUCAUGUUUUCCCAUGAGAGUUUCAUUUAUGGUUGGAUUUCACUACGGCUUCUUUCUUCUAGAUCUUGAGAAUGUAAGACAUGCACAAUGCUGCAAUUUGCUCGUUGCUUUAAGCAUUUUGUAAGCAUCAUAAUGCCCAAUGACAUUGAUGAGUUUCUUC